AUUUGGGGUCCUAGCUGGAAAAUUCACCUCUCCUCCAUCAUCACCAUCAUCAUUUUCAAUAUCUCCUUUUGAGUUUCAUGCAUUAAUGUCUGAAUUUGCUUCUCUCAGUUCCACAAGAAACUCCUCUCUCUCUCUCUCUCUCUCUCUCUCUCUCUCUACCCCCCAAAAAGACAUCUGGAAGGAGAAAAGGAGCCAAAAUUGUGAAGAAAAAUCAUGUCUUCCCCAAGCAAACGCCGAGAGAUGGACUUGAUGAAACUGAUGAUGGGCGACUACAAGGUAGAGAUGAUCAAUGAUGGCAUGCAAGAGUUCUAUGUUGAUUUCAAUGGACCCAGUGAGAGUCCUUAUCAUGGAGGUGUGUGGAGGAUAAGAGUUGAGUUACCAGAUGCUUAUCCAUAUAAAUCUCCCUCCAUAGGCUUCGUUAAUAAGAUCUUCCACCCAAACGUUGAUGAGAUGUCAGGUUCAGUUUGUUUAGAUGUUAUUAAUCAAAGCUGGAGCCCCAUGUUUGAUCUUGUAAAUGUGUUUGAAGUAUUCCUACCACAACUUCUGCUGUACCCCAAUCCAUCAGACCCUUUGAAUGGAGAGGCUGCAGCUUUGAUGAUGCAUGACCGAGCUGCUUAUGAACAAAGAGUUAAAGAAUACCGCGAGAAGUAUGCGAAACCGGAAGACAUUGGAGCUGCCCCGGAAGAAAAAUCUAGCGAUGAGGAGCUGAGUGAAGAUGAAUCUGAUUCCAGUGAUGAGCAAGUGGCAGGAAAAGCAGAUCCAUAGGUGUCGGUGGGCUGUCCUUUAAACUCUCUCUCUAGUUGUUGUACAUGUUUUAGCUUUGUUAAAUUUAACCGCAACUCCAAAGAAUAUAGACUUUGUUUAUUGAUUACAGCCUCCAUUGUUUAUAGCCCUUCUUUCCUUUGGCAGAACAGAUUGAUCAUUCUAUGCUUUCAUUUGAAUAUAUCAUUCCUUAAACU